GAGAAGAAGAAGUAAAAGAAAAACAAGAUCAAGCAAACAAAGGGAAAUAUCAGAUCAUGGGUUCACUCAACAAUGUAUCAGCAGGCAAAGAAUUCGCUAGACGUAAUCAGAAACUUAAAGCGAGUGGAGACGUUUCAAUAUCAGGAACUCUUGAUAUUAUCAGAAGUAAUUUGAAUGUUAAAGAUCAAAGACCAACCAUUCCUCUCGGUCAUGGCGAUCCUUCUCCUUUCGCUUGUUUUCGAACAACACACGUUGCUGAUGAUGCACUAAACAUUGCAGUUAAAAGUGGAAAGUUCAAUUCUUACGCUCCUGUUGGCGGCAUUCUUCCGGCUAGAAGGUCGGUAGCUGAAUACUUAUCUCGUGAUCUUCCGUACACAUUAUCUGCUGACGAUGUUUUUCUCACGAGCGGUUGUCGACAGGCGAUUGAAGUUAUAAUAUCCGUGUUAUCUUAUCCUGGUGCAAAUAUAUUGAUACCGAGACCUGGGUACCCACAUUAUGAUGCUUGUGCUGCUGCUAAUAAUCUCGAAAUCAGGCAUUUCGAUCUUCUUCCUGAGAAGGCUUGGGAGAUUGAUCUUGAGGCUGUUGAAGCUCUUGCCGAUGAAAAUACAAUUGCAAUUGCGGUCAUAAAUCCUGGAAAUCCAUGUGGUAACGUGUACUCGUAUGAGCAUUUGAAGAAGGUGGCUGAAACUGCAAAAAGGCUUGGAAUCCCGGUGAUUGCUGAUGAAGUUUACGGUCAUCUCACCUUUGGGAGUAACCCUUUCGUUCCAAUGGGAGUGUUUGGAUCCAUAGUUCCAGUUUUUACUCUUGGGUCCAUAUCAAAGAGAUGGCUAGUGCCUGGUUGGCGACUUGGCUGGAUCGUCAUUACCGAUCCAAAUGGUUUUCUGAAAGAGGCAGAGAUUCCUAGUUCCAUAAAGCAAUACCUGAAUAUGAGCAACAACCCAGCAAGUAUCAUUCAGGCAGCAGUUCCUCACAUUCUUGAGAAUACGAAGGAGGAUUUUUUUGAAAAUACUAUUAGUUUGCUUCGUGAAGCUCUUGAUAUCUGCGCGGACGAAAUAAAGGAGAUACCUUGCAUUACUUUGCUCCAUAAACCACAAGGAUCCAUGUUUGUAAUGGUAAAGCUAAACACUCUACUUCUCAAGGACAUUUCGGAUGACCUGGACUUCUGUAACAAGUUGGCAAAAGAAGAAUCUGUUAUUAUUCUCCCAGGAAUUGUGCUAGGUGUCAAAAAUUGGCUCCGGAUAACCUUUUCCAUUGAUCUCCCUUCUCUUAAAGACGCUUUAAGUAGGAUAAAAUCAUUUUGUCAGAGGCAUGCAAAGCCACAGAACUUGAAAUUGGAUCAACGCCGAACAGCUACAAGAUAUCUUCCAGGAAGUAAUCUCCAAUCACUAGAGUUCCAUGAAGCUGUGGAAUUGGAGUCAAAAGUGAAAAAAUUUGAAAGGUGAAAGUGAAUACGAAUUGAGAACAAGUGAAUGCGACACUCAAUGCUGGUAAAUUUGAAGCUGCUCGGGAGUGACUGCCUCAGUCAAUAGCAUCGUUAAUUAUUUUCCUAGUUUCUUCGUUUUGAGAAUUGUAGAUCCUAGUGGUCUUUUUCGGUUUUUUCAUUUGUAAUUGUGUAGUGGUCAAAUGCUUCUUUCAAUAAAUUACUAUUGCGGC